AUGGUCUGGCUGGAUGGGAAGAAUGUGGAACUCAGGACCAACUCCAAUAAACUGGACCCUAAGAGACUAGGCCCUUUCAAAGUUUUAGAGAAAAUUUCUAGCCACGCAUAUUGCCUAAAGCUGCUGGAAACUCUGAAAAUCCACAAUCCAACCUUUCCCGGAACAACCCCUCCAGAAACAAUUGAGGGGGAAGAAGGUACAAAGUGGAACAAAUUAUUGACUCCAAAAGACAACGAGGGAAAUGGUUCUCUGAUCAAAUGGAAGGGAUACGGACCAGAGGACAAUUCAUGGGAACCGGAAGAACUCCUGGAGCACAGCCAGGAAGAAAUUCAACGCUUCAACAAAUCACGACUGAAAAAGGCUUGUGACUCCGCCAAGAGCCUUUGA